AUGACUCCUUUUCAGGCUGUUUACGGGCGUUCUCCUCCUCGCAUUCCGACGUAUAUCCGGAGCUCUUCUUCAAUCCAAGCGGUGGACGAUGAUUUACUCGCCCGGGACGCCCUCCUACGCCGCCUCAAAGUCCAUUUACAGCAAGCACAGAACCGCAUGUCUCAGCAAGCUAAUAAAAAGCGCCAAGAUAUCAGCUUUGCCAUCGAGGACUUGGUUCUUCUCAAACUCCAUACGUAUCGCCAAUCCACGGUAGCUGCUCGUUUGAACUCUAAGCUAUGUCGUCGAUAUUUUGGCCCUUUUCCGGUCAUUGGUCAUGCGGGUUUGGUGGCCUACAAAUUGGGUUUACCCCCAACGAGUCAUAUUUACCCCGUUUUUCAUGUCUCGCUGCUUAAGCCGUUCGUGGGGCCCCAUCCAGUCACUAAUUAUCCUUUGCCUGAGUUGAGCCACGUCAAUCAACCGUUGCUACUGCCCGCAGCGAUUCUAGCUGGCCGUGUGAUUCGUCAUCGCGACUCCUUCAUUAAACAAGUUCUCGUUCAAUGGUCCCACUGCACUCCUGAAGAUGCGACUUGGGAAAACUUUACGGCCUUCUGUGAUCUUUAUCAACUUACCGACCUUGAGGACAAGGUCCUUUUCGAGCCGGACGGUAGUGAUAGCCACGACCCAGUGGUACUAGACCAACAACACAUUAGUACAAGGGCCAAACAAUGGAUAAAGGAAGCCCAAGACCCAACUCUGGAAGUAGCCCAAGAUGACACCAAACACGAUAUCAAGCCGACAGGAGAGGAGGACUCAACGCAGGAAAACCCAAGAACCAGUGAGACUGUAUACGGAGCCGGUCACGAAGCCGAGCAAGGGAGUAUGGGGCGUGGGAUGAGAAAAUGUGGAAGCCAAGUUGGUUGA